CCUGAGCUUCCGGCGACCAGCGGUAGAAAAGCUCUGCUGCAUCAUCUCAUAUCCUCUUCUCCUCUUCUCAGACCCCUUCACAUUGUCACGCUGGACCUCCAUUACUAGCGUUUCGUUAGCCCGGCUCGCUGCGGAACUUCGUCCCACCUCGAAACACGACUCGCACACGUUGCUUAACGCUGGUACACUAGCUGGAAGUUUGGAUGAACAAUGAACCAGUAGCUGAAGAGCUUCAACCACCAUAGGAAUACCACACAACCCAUCUCACGGCCAUCCGUAGGGCGGACACCGCAACCAUGGGCCUCAUCGACACGCGAGACCUGCGCCAGUUUCCCUCGGGAGACAACUCGAGCGACACGGUCAUCAACGGAGUGCAUUUCAAUCUCACAGCGCUUAAUCUUUACAACUACACCUACUACUCCAACGACACCAUCUCCAACGCCUCGAAAUGUUACCUCAUCUUCGAAAAAUACCAGCCUCAUAUGUUCGCGAACGGAAGCUGGGUCAAUGGAACAAAUUGCUACAACCCAUACUACGGAAUCAAGGCUCGGGGGGCUACAAGUAUAGGUUUUGCAACUCUAUUCGCCGCCAGCAUUGUAUUCUCGCUCGUAAACUUGCGCAAACACGGGCGGCUGUUCAUCCGGGAAGACAAGAGGUUUAGGGCAAUCGGAAGGCGAUGGCAGUGGUACUGGAUGUGCUUUGUGGCGGCUUGCGGCAUGAUCAGUUGUAUAACUGGGGUGGACGUCGACCGAGAUUAUCUGCAGAACAUCCCAAUUGUCCUACAGAGCUUCUUCUUCUGCCUUGCACUACCGGGAACGCUGGCUAUGGUCUGGGAGCAAACGAGGCAUUGGGGCUCGUGGCAAGAGAGGCAACUCUAUGACAGAGAUCCUUUCUCGCUGCCGCAGGAUGACAAGCGUGCCAAAACCGAAUUCUGGAUGCCUUUGGUCUUCUACCUGUUCGCUUGGCUGAACUUCUUCAUGAUCAUCCCGCGGUCUUGGACACCGCUAGAGAAACAAAAUUCGAAAGAUCAGCAAGAAAACAUCGCCGAGCCCGCAGGAACAGAUGUUCGCGAGAAAGUCGGUGGAAUACUAGCAGCUCUCGCGUUCCUCGUGAUAUGCUUCUCCCUCCAUCACUCCCUUCGUCAUUACAAACCUCGGGCUACUGGAAUCUGGAACAAGAUCAACUCCUUCUGUCGUGACUGCCCGACAAAGAUAUUUCUCAGCAUUAUCGUAUUAGCUAUUCGCGUAGCGUAUGCGAUAGCAUCGGCUUGGGAGUGGGAUAUCAGUAUCUUUAAGUAUGAUGUUAAUGUUGGCUGGCCUUUCGGACUUGGCUGGGGCUCGACCCUUCUGAUUAUAAUAAUCAUGGAGGUUGCUGGAAUGGUGGAGGAGAACGAAGACAAGGUCAUCCUCCAGCAACGAAGAGAUAGAGGUCGCAUCGUCGAUCAGGAACUUGGCCUCGUCAAGAAACCAAACUGGUGGAGCAAAUCGCAUGCAGACAGCCGUCUCACCGACGAGGAGCGGAUGAAAGCUCUAACGACAGAAGUUGGGGGUGGCAGGCCCACUGCAAGGAACAUCUCCGCCAACGUCGAGCUCACCAACAUGAACUUACGGAAUCGGUCUCGGGACAGGCCAGCGGUUGAUCCUUUCAGGGACCACAGUCCACAGGACUCAACGAGCGGCAAUAGGCUCACUAUAGCACGGACAGAGAGCGACAAUGCUAGCACUAUGACCGGAGUGUCGAAUACUACGAGGGCAUCAGACCGGACGCUGGGAGAGAAUGCACAGCCGCAAGUCAUAAGAAGUAUGCUGGAUAUUUAAGGAUGGGGCAGACGGUCAAGCGAUUUGAUAUCCUCCUGGGAACUCUGUGUUGCUUGGAUUGAUUCGUUGUAUAUCUUUGUUUAAUGUAGCGUUCCCUAAUGAUGUAGC